GUCCAAAUGCAAAGUUCUUCAUUCUGUUCCUGCACAGCAACGGGGAGGACAUCGGCAUGUGCCAUGCCUUUGUUUCGCGCUUGCGAGACUUGCUGGAGGUGCAUGUGCUGGCGGUGGAGUACCCUGGCUACGGCAUUUGCCCUGGCACGCCCUCGGAGGAGCGUCUCCAUGCAGCGGCGCGCCUGGGCUUCGGCUUCAUGACCCAGGUGCUGGGGGCGGAGCCCGCCGAUGUCAUCCUCUUCGGGCGGUCCUUGGGCACGGCGCUGGCCCUGGCCCUGGGCGCGGAGUUCCGGGUGGGGGGGCUGGUGCUCGUGGCGCCCUUCCUGAGCCUCCGGGAGGCUGUGUCGCAGUUCACUGGCAUACAGCUGGCCGAGGUCCUCCUGGAGGAGCUUUUCUGCAACAAGGACCGCAUUAAGUCGGUGGAGGCAGCCCUGGGUGGCUUUCGGGCGAGGGCGAGCAGAGGCGACAUGAACGAACCCUGCGGGGCAAGUGGCACUUUCCCCGCAGACAGGUAA